UCAGAGGUUGACAGAUUGGAUGUACCGACUUCAGAAAAGUCCCAUGGUCAGAACAAAACGGAGAACACCAUGUUCGUGAGAGUCAUCUUUCCAUAGUGCGGUCAUAAUAGUUGGGACACCACUGGCGUUUUCGUAAGAAGACCGAUUUUUUGGGGAUGUCUCAUGGUCUGACAAACACAACUCUACUUCUGCCACCUUCCAACUUUCACAGAUGCGGAAGGACGACAUAGGCGGAUGUAUUUGAUUGAGACGUAGCCCGUGCAAAAUAAAUGUUCAUUGUUUGUGCUGCUGGCAGAAUACUAGUCCCAAACGUCGGUGUUUUAGUAGCCCGUAUUCAGGAUUUGUGAAGAAAACCAACGGCUCACCAUCGAGUCUUUCCACGAAGAAAUACCUUCACCGGGUUCUCUAAAGAGGAACUCUCUGUCUGUAGAUGAACAACCACGGGAAUAAGAGGGCACCGACCACAGCCACCCAGAGACUAAAACAGGACUACCUCAGGAUAAAGAAAGACCCUGUGCCUUACAUCUGUGCUGAACCCCUACCAUCCAACAUCCUCGAAUGGCACUAUGUUGUUCGAGGUCCUGAGAAAACCCCAUACGAAGGGGGAUAUUAUCAUGGCAAACUAAUAUUCCCUCGGGACUUCCCCUUUAAACCACCCAGUAUCUACAUGAUCACACCUAACGGGAGAUUUAAGUGUAACACACGGUUAUGUCUGUCCAUCACUGAUUUCCACCCGGACACGUGGAACCCAGCCUGGUCUGUCUCCACCAUCCUGACUGGUCUGCUCAGCUUCAUGGUAGAGAAAGGCCCCACUCUGGGCAGCAUCGAGACCUCCGAUUACACUAAACGACAGCUGUCAGCCCAGAGCUUGGCUUUCAACCUAAAGGAGAAGGUUUUCUGUGAUUUGUUUCCUGAUGCCGUUGAUGAGAUAAAGCAGAAACAGAAGGCCCAGGAGGAAUUGAACGCCCGUCCCCUCCCCCUCCCCGACGUGGUUCCUGACGGCGACCCUCACCACGGCAACUACGGAAUCCCCGCCCUCAACGGAGGCCACGGCCCUCUGGGCCCUGCUAACCCCGCCCCCGGCCUCCAGCAGGCCAAUCGAAACCACGGACUGCUGGGCGGCGCCUUGGCCAACCUGUUUGUGAUUGUAGGGUUCGCGGCGUUUGCCUACACGGUGAAGUACGUGCUGCGGAGCAUCGCCCAGGAGUGAGAGAUGAAGAGGAGCAGAGGGUCAGCUACAGGACUAUUAUAUGAUUUAAACACAUUAUUGAUAGAAAUUCCGAGCCACCCCCCUGAAUGAGGGAUGGAGGAGCAGGUGGCGGGGGUUUGGGGGGGUGGGGAUGACUGGGACAGGGUUGUUUGGGAUCACGGUUGUUGAUCCACUCUGUGUUUUUGGUGGUUAUGACCUUUAUAGAAGAAGAAGAAGAGCUUGGCUCAUGGGUUGACCGCUGGCUCAGAACAUUUUAAAGUAAUUGUUCUUCUCUGCCUAAUUACUCUGAAGCCACUGUGUUGUUGGUGUUCUGUGUGCUAUAUACAUUUUCAAUCUAUUGUGCCGCCAUAUUGGUGGAUCCCUGUAAAAAAAAAAAAAAAGAAUCAUGUGGAAUUUGGAACCAUGUUUCUGUUCUGCCUGUUCCGGUUCUACAAAGUAUGUCUUAAGUGUCCUGAGAAACACACAGGAAGGAGUCUGUUUAAUAUAAGGUCAAUGAAACCCUGGCUUCUUAAGUAGGCUCAUCACAACAAGAGAACCUGUUUUAUUCAAAACCCCCCCCAGGUUUUCGGUAAUGAGUUGUGAGUCCUAAAUCAGUUGUCACUGUGUGGUGUUGAGCAAAUACAACAAGGCAGAUCUCUCUGUUUGCUUCCCAAAUGGCACCCUAUUCCCUAUGUAGUACACUACUUUUGACCAGGGCCUAUAUGGAUGUGGUCUAGAGUAGUGCACUAUAAAGGGAAUAGGGUGCCAUUUCGGGACACCGCCUCAGUCACGUCCACUGGCUUUUUUCCAAAAUGGCUGACCCCCCCCGAGUGUCUUCUUCAGAAUGCGUUCAUAAUACCACUGUCCCGCUUCAUUUACCCUCUCGUCUGGUUUAAACCAUAUACACGACUCACAGGUUUGGCCCAUGUUAAUCACUGACAAUGCUGUCUUAAAGGGGUUAGUUGGAAAAGAGUGGGGUUGUAGGCUAAUGAGGAAAUUGGUUUGAAAUUACGGAAGUCAUUAGUCAUGGGAUAUGUUGCAUAAGAAUGGAAGAGGCAGGGAACCGAACCGCUUAUCCAGCCUUAGACAGACAGACAGACAUCAUGCCCUGUCUGUCUGUCUGUCUUUACAAUGCUACUGACCCACUCAAACGUUUUGAAAAGAGACAUAUGGACAUGGUGGAUAGGUUAACUAUAGUAGUGGUAUAAUUAGGUUACAAAUAGUAACCUACUUAAUUUAUAUAGUGAUCUCAAAGGAAGUUGUUUCAGCCUUUAUACAUUUAAUUACACAGAUCAUAAAUAUGAAGGCAACAUGUAAAGUGUUGGUUUCAGGAGCUGAAAUAAAAGAUCCCAGACAUGUUCCAUACGCACAAGUGUUUCUCAAAAAAUGUUGUGCACAAAUGUGUUUACAUCCUUGUUAGUGACCAUUUCUCCUUUGCCAAGUGGCAUUAUCAAGAAGCUGAUUAAACAGCAUGAUCAUUCCACAGGUGCACCUUGUGCUGGGGGGCAAUAGGUCACUCUAAAAUGUGCAGUUUUGUCGUCACACAAAGCAAUGCCACAGAUGUCUGAAGUUUUGAGGGAAUGUGCAAUUGGCAUACUGACUACAGGAAUCUCCACCAGACCUCCUGCUCUGCUCCUGCUCCUCUACCAUAAGCCGCCUCCAAUGUUGUUUAUUUUGUCAGUCAGUGCGUCCAACCGGCCUCACAACCACAGACCGUGUGUAACCACGCCAGCCUCGGACCUCCACGUCGUCUGAGACCAGCCACCCGGACAGCUGAUGAAACUGAGGAGUAUUUCUGUCUGUAAUGAAGCCCUUUUGUGGGGGGAAAACUCUUUCUGAUUGGCUGGGCCUGGAACCCAAGUGGGUGGGCCUAUGCCCCCCCCCCCCCCCAAUGGCUGCGCCCCUUCCAACUUAAGUGAAAUCCAUAGAUUAGGGCCUAAUGAAUUUAUUUCAAUUGAGUGAUUUCCUUAUAUGAACUGUACUUAGUAAAAUCGUUGAAAUUGUUGCAUGUUGCGUUUUUAAAAAUAUUUUUCAGUAUAGCUAAAUUCCCCAUCUUAAAAUACCAUGUCAACCUACCUGUGUGUUUGGUAUAGCUGAUAACUGUUUAUGUUCGGGUGGGUUUCAAUACGUGCUGUGGGUCAUUGCAUUAGUCAUUAGGCUUGUCUUAAAACCAUGACAAAGGACAUCAAAAAGACAGACUGCAUCUGACUAGAGCACUAAAUUAGGGUAGGAGAUAUGAGUGGAUUCGUCUCUCGGUCGGCGUUUGUUGUCAGUCAGUCAACCCGUGAGCCAAGGCAGUUAAGUACAGCACUGUCAAUCUCCCUAGUUGGGCUGAGACGGGGAUCUCCACCGUGCUUAGCUGAUCAGUUUAGUAACAACACAAUGCUCUAUAUAGGCCCCAAUGAGGAGACAACAGUCUAUAUAGGCCCCAAUGAGGAGACAACAGUCUAUAUAGGCCCCAAUGAGGAGACAACAGCACAUGGAGAAGUAAACCUUUGUGUUUAAUAUAGAUAUUUUAUUUCUUUUAAUAUAUGCCAUGGUGUGGCAGUCUGUUAGAGCUUGAACCAGCUUUCUUGUCCCUAGCAGUGUACGAAAUGGCACCCUAUUCCCUUGUCUUGUUCGCUACUUUUGACCGGAGCCUUUGCAAAGGUAGUGCGCUGUAUAAGGAAUAGGGUGUCCUUCGGGACACAUCCCGUCUUGCCGAACAGGACAGGUGCUGAGAGUAGAGCUGGUUAAUGUGAAAACACACCAGCACCCUCCCUGGCUAGCAGAAUUGCUCAUUUUACUGUCUUGCGUUGCAUUUAGAUUGUUCUACACUGUAGCCUACUUUUGACUUCAGAAAGCAGAAUAAAAUACUUUCAGAUUAAAGACUUGACAAAUGCUCUUUUGUCUCUUGUUCUGGUCCUUUUAAUGAUAGUUAAUUUGAGAUGCAAAGCACACAAAUUCCAUGCUUCGUAAUUAUCUCGUUUUGAAAUUGUAUGUUUUCAUAGUUAAUGGAAAAUAAAUGUACCCUGCUAUUUUAGAGAA